CUUGGCGGAGUUCGGGCGGCUGGGGAGCUGGGAGGUCGAGCUGCGCGGAAACAAGGGUCCCCAGAUGUCCGCGGGAGGCCCCUCGGCGCUGGUGUCCACGCCGGCUCCUUGACGAGAAGCGUCGGACGUCUGGGACGAGCCCCGUUCGUCGCUGCUGCAAGGACUCACCAGACUGCUUUUUGCUCUCGGCUAGCCUCUGCGUCCCUCUCUCGUCUCGAGUCAAUGCCUGUGUGGAUGUAGUGCUCUCAGGAGUGAAGCUCUUGCAGGCGCUUGGUCUGAGUCCUGGGAAUGGGAAAGAUCACACCAUCCUGCAUUCAAGGAACGAUCUGGAAGAAACUUUCAUGCACUUCAUGGGGGAAGGAGCAGCAGCUGAGCGCUUCUUCAGUGAUAAGGAAGCUUUCCAUCACAUCGCCCAGAUUGCAUCAGAGCUCCCAGGAGCCCAGCACUAUGUAGGAGGAAAUGCGGCUUUAAUUGGACAGAAAUUUGCAGCCAACUCAGAUUUAAAGGUUCUUCUUUGCGGUCCAGUUGGUCCAAAGCUGCAUGAACUUCUUGAUGAUAAUGUGUUUGUUCCACCAGAGUCAUUACAGGAAGUGGACGAGUUCCACCUUAUUUUAGAGUAUCAAGCAGAGGAGGAGUGGGGCCGGUUAAAAGCUCCCCAUGCCAACCGCUUCAUCUUCUCCCACGACCUUUCCAACGGGGCCAUGAAUAUGCUGGAGGUGUUUGUGUCUAGCCUGGAGGAGUUCCAGCCAGACCUGGUGGUCCUCUCUGGAUUGCACAUGAUGGAGGGACAAAGCAAGGAGCUCCAGAGGAAGAGGCUCAUGGAGGUUGUGACCUCCAUUUCUGACAUCCCCACUGGUAUUCCAGUUCACCUAGAGCUGGCCAGUAUGACCAACAGGGAGCUCAUGAGGAGCAUUGUGCAUCAGCAGGUCUUUCCCGCGGUGACGUCCCUCGGGCUGAACGAACAGGAGCUGUUGUUUCUCACCCAGGCAGCAUCUGGGCCUCACUCGUCUCUCUCUUCCUGGAAUGGUGUCCCCAACGUGGGUAUCGUCAGCGACAUCCUCUUUUGGAUCUUGAAGGAACAUGGGAAGAGUAAAAGCAGAGCCUCAGACCUCACCAGGAUCCAUUUCCACACGCUGGCCUACCACAUCCUGGCAACCAUAGAUGGGCACUGGGCCAACCAGCUGGCAGCCGUGGCCGCGGGAGCUCGCGUGGCCGGGACGCAGGCCUGUGCGACAGACACCAUAGACGCCAGCCGAGUGUCCUUGAGGGCGCCCCGCGAGUUCAUGACUUCCCACUCGGAGGCGGGCUCCAGGAUCCUGAUCGACCCCGGCAAGCCGGUGGCAGAGUGGCGCAGGGAGGGGGUGUCCUUCCACUUCACGCCAGUCCUGGUGUGUAAAGACCCCGUCCGAACCGUGGGCCUCGGAGAUGCCAUUUCCGCCGAAGGCCUCUUCUACUCAGAGGUUCACCCUCAGCACUAGGGAGGUGGCUGUGGGUCAGUGUUCUGAGGGAGAGCUAGCCAAUUUAAGAAUUACAGGACAACCAGGAUGGAGGGUGUCAGAACAGCUUCUAGAUCUAAUUGAAAGAUAGCCAAAGAGACAACAGAUUAAACUGUAUCAGAUACAUUCCAGCCUGUUGAUUUCACAGAAACAUUUUCAGGUUUUAAUCAAAAUUUAGCUGUCUACUAAUGAGACUGGAUUUUUGGUUUUUUAUGUUGUGUGUUAGAGGUAAAACUUGAUUCCCAUAGCCCCAUUUUAUGUAGCAUUGUCAAGUCUCUUCAGCCAGACUUCGCCCCGGAGAGCAUGUCAGCUGGAGAAAGCACUGCCCCUCCCUCCCUCCCCGGCCCCCGCGGAAGGGCGUCCGUGCAUGCUCGCUCUCCCGAACUCCCGGCUCCAGUGAAGCCCGGCGCGGGGGUCCCGUAUUCUCCGGGCUCUGUGCUCAUGGGCAGGAUCAUGAUUUCCACUCAGUGUCACAAUGAAAAUACUUAAUGAGCACACCUUCUGAGUCUUCUGCUCCCAACCCUAAGACAGAGCCACAAGUGAGGACAAAACCAUCGCUCCCCCCACCCCCCAGCAUCGCAGUCACAGCAGAGGCGGGGGGCCCUGGGCAGCCUUUGAGGGAGGCCGCGCUCUGCAUGUGUUCGGAGCCUGGCUGGUCAGAGGCCCAGUCUCAUCCCCCAGCUCUGGGCACACUUUCCACAGUGGAGGACUCAUCUUUGUUCAUUCGGAUCCUUGAAGGAAUUUGCAUUUGCAACUGGAAUAUGCUUCUGUGUGUGUGUGUAACAGAUCAUGUGUGUUUUACAUUGACACACCACAUACGUUAAAAAGUUUUACCUCAUUAAGAGCCCCAGGAUCAUGAAUAAAUCUGUCAUGUUAUGUAUUUAUUUUUUUAUAAAUCAAGGAGACCUUCUGUGUGCUUUUAAAUAUAUUAAAAAUAAUUUACAUUUCA